AUGUGGCUUGAAGCGGAGCCUUGCUGAGGAGGGCCUGGCAGCGGAACACUUGUCGAGGCUGGGCCGUCCGCUUGUCCCUUCGGCGCCGUUCAGCGCCGGUUUCGGGCCAGUCGGUCUCAUCUCGAGCCGCUCUUCUCGCACCUCAUCAAUCCGGCCCUUUCUAUCGCUCUCGCUCUCGCUUGUCCUCUCGUCCUAUCGGCCUCUCGCUCUUUGGCGCCGCGCUUCACACCCGCCCUUUUACGGCUUCGCGGUCGUCUGCACGCCGACCCGGUCGUGGCGACCAGCUUGUGCGUCUGCCAGAAAAAUUCUGCCACCACCUUUCACACACCGUCCCGCUCGCCGUUGCAUCUGUCUACGCUCUUUCUGCCUCUCUGUCUCUCUGUCUCUCUCUCGUCUUGCAUUCUUCACCGGCGGAGCACACGCAUUCACAGCCUUGAUGCUCGCACCCACUGCGGUCCCCAUCGUGGCGAGAUCGAAGCGCGGAGUCUCAAACAUCUUCACGUCUUAAACACAUUUCUUAUUGAUCCACUGAACCCAGCCCUGCCGACCUCCAGUGCUCACAUCGAUUAA